GGGACUUAAAAUCUCACAAAAAACGAGCAUGUGAGUAGUGAGUGACUGAGCAAUACUAACUAAUGAACUGAAAUGAGUCUGAAAUGUAGGGCCAAGAUCAGAUACGAGACUGCUGGAAUCAAAGCUGAUAUUUACUUUACCAGAAAUAAUAAUAAUAAUAAAACCAUCAAUGUUUUUGUCUUGUAAAUAUGGGAAGAUAAUAUAGAAUGUUUGUUUAUGUAAACAUGGAAUAAACAUUAAUUCACAGCCCUAGACUCAUCUUUACUUUGCAACAUCCACAGAAUUAGUUUAUUGAAAACUGAGGAGUCAGUCCAACCGUGUGUACUUCUUCAAUGAAAAUGAAGCUCCAGCUACUUUAAAAUAACAAUAUGACCUUGUAUUUCAUUAUUAUCUUUCGGAUCCUGAGAGGAACCUAUAUGCAAACUAUGUGUAAUAAGGACAUUUUGUUCCUUGUAUUCAAAUAAAGCUGUGAAACCGUAAUACAGAGGACAGUUCAGUGUGUGAGAGGAACGAGGUGAGUUCAUAUUAAUGAUCUAGCAAUAACUAAUCAGUUCUUAAUUCUAAGUUUGUUCAUCAUAGACAUGCAAAAUCAUAUUUCAGCUAAAAUAUGUAUUGAUGCAUAUUCAAAUGUAUGAGCUAUUUUCUGCAGCGACUGUAGAGCCACAAACAUGAUAUUUCAUCAGCCUCAGUUCAGUCCUGUGAUAGCGGUCAGCUCAAACCAGUGGAGCACUGGAAUCUGCGGAUGCUUUGAUGACUGCAAUGUCUGCUGCUUCGCCAUGUGGUGUCCCCUCUGCUUUAUUUGUUCCACCGCAUCAGAUUUUGGGGAGUUUUGCUGUCUGCCCAUGAUUGAUAAUUGUGCCUGCACCCCUCCGGUGUCUAUGGCACUGCGGGCUUCUGUGAGAAAUCGAUAUGGCAUACAGGGCGGGUUGGGAUCAGACUGCAUGUAUGUGACCUUUUGCAACAUUUGCUCCUGGUGCCAAAUAGCAAGAGAAUUAAAAAGACGAAGCACAAAUCACAUGGUGGUUAAUGCUCAACCUGCGGUCUUAGCAAUUCCCUCAGUGGUGGUUUCCGCCCCAAAACCUGUUGUAACAACACAGGUUACAACAACAGUGGGUUAACUGAAGAUCUCAUCAGAUUAACCCACUGUGGAAGUUAGUUGAGAUUUUCCAUUGAUGGGUGAAGUGAUUUUUUAUUUAUUUUUUUAUAUACUGUUGGAGUUGGACAUUGACUCUGGAGACCAUAUAUCAUUGUGUACAUACAUAUAUAACCAUAUGCACACAUAUUCAAUAAGUUUUUAUGCUUUUGGCAGCUUGCCUCCUCUUUUAAAAGUCUCACCACAGCAAACAAACCUAAAUGCGUGAGAUCUUUCCAAGAUAAGUCAUCUACAAG